UCUAAGGCUAAUUCCCAAGGGUCCUGGAGGGACAGAAUUUUUGAUAGUAGGCCUUUACUGCUGGAAUUAAGAACUGCAAGAAAUUCAUUUAGGCCGGAACCUACCUACAUUCAGAAUGUCAGUGAUGUUAAUAGUCCAAUUAAAAGGAAAAAGAUUUCCAAUGCCUCUUAAAAUAACCUACUGGGACACAGCCAGGGAUCUUGGAAUUCUGCAGCAAAGAGGAGGGAAUACUGUGGCAAUGCAAUGAUAAUGAGAAACCCGAGGAUCAACUGUUCAUUGAAGAAUGGCAGCUCACCUGAAACAAGUGACAGUGCCUGCUCCAUGGAGCAAAGGAUCUCCUGCUUGGAUCAAUGCUGAGCUACUGGAGCUGAUCAGUGCCUGGGGAGAGGAGGCUGUGGAUUUCUCCAUUCCACCUAUCUCUAACAGAUAAACAGUUGAAGAACCAGACGUUAAAAUGAAUAGCCUAGAAGUUGACAUGCUUCGUUGCUGGAAGUGUAGAAAAUACAUAGCAAAUUCUGAUUGCCUCAUAAAAUGUAAUGGAAAACAACUAUUUGAAAAAUCACAUUAUUCAGAUGCUUCUCAGUAUACUUGCAAUGUAUGGCACAUGAACUUGGAAGCUCUCCCAGACUGGGUAAAAUGUGCAAUAGAAAAGGCGGAGUGGAUGAUUGGAAAACUGAACUGCCCGUUCUGUGGUGCCCGUUUGGGAGGCUUUAACUUUGUCAGCAAUACAAAAUGUUCUUGUGGUCUGUUUGCAAAUAUUCAUCUCUGCAAGAGUCGGAUUGAUUAUCAGCCAGCUUGUUCAUUUAGAUUAGCAAGAUCAUCAGUAAAACACAUGUCACUUUGCAAAGUUCCAUCUGGUUCUAAUAACAAAAUACAGCACAGCGUGACAGGUGGAACUUUGGGACCCAGAAAUCAAGGGCUUUCAUACGUGGCCAAAAACACAAAUGGUACUGGAAGAUUAACAGAAGCACUUUGCCUAGAGGUGAGAUCAGCCAGCUUUGAGAUGAACAAUAAAAAACUGCACUUCAAAGUGUUUAAUAAAAAAAAAAGUCCUUCAGCUUCAUGGCCUGUGAAUGAGAGAUGCACUAUAAAAACUUGUCAUAGGAAAACACACAGUUUGGAUUUGAAUAUCAGAGAGAGACAUGUUUUGUUGCCUUGUUUGUAUGGCGUUUCCAGUAAAGGGCCUGUUUAUCACAGGCAAAAUGAAACACAACCCAUUUACCCAAGAGGUAGCUUGCAAUUAGAGUCCAAUAGAAAUAAUAAUUCCUUUCAGGGCCUAUAUAAUUCUGAUACUGAUGAGCUACCAAAAAAGUUUCCAGUUACUUCCUGCAAUACAUUAACCUGUAGAGAGACAGAACGUGACUGCAGUUUUGAAGCUUCUGAUCAAUGUUCUGGGGAUGCCACUGCUGACCAACUGCCUUUCAUGAUGGACCUCUCUUCAUCUGUGAGUGCUGUAGAAGAGGACAUUGGACAGCAGCACAUCACAUCUGUUGAUCUUCUGCAGCCUGCUAAUUUUUCCUUGGUUGCUGUCAAUCAAAAGCUAAGCAAAAGAGAGAGAAACAAGUUGAAGAAUUUGAGGAAAAAACAAAGAAAGCGGGAAAGGUGGCUUCAGAAGCAGACUCUGAGUGAUAACCUGAAUACAGACGAUGAGCAUGAACAAAGAGGAGAUAAAGAAAGCUACCUCUGUGCAGUGUGCUUGGAUGUUUAUUUCAAUCCGUAUAUGUGCUAUCCAUGCCACCACAUCUUUUGUGAACCUUGCUUGCGGAUGCUUGCCAAAGACAACCCAACCAACACUCCAUGUCCACUGUGCCGUACUAUAAUUGCCAGAGUCUUUUUCCAAACAGAACUGAACAGCUCCACGAAAUCUUCCUUCCCAAGAGAAUAUUUAAAAUUAAAAGAAAGCUUUCAAAAAUCAAGUUCUGCAAAAUGGCCCUUGCCCAGCUGCAGGAAACCAUUCAGAGUUUGGGAAGCAGGUAUCCAAAGGCAUACAGAUCCUGUAGCAAGAAGGCACUUCCCACAUGCUGCUCACAGGAUGGACUACAUGGAUUUUGAGGAUGAUAGCCGUGGAUGGUGGUUUGACAUGGACAUGGUGAUAAUCUACAUUUAUUCUGUCAACUGGGUCAUAGGAUUCAUUGUUUUCUGUUUUCUUUGUUAUUUUUUCUUUCCUUUUUAGGGGACUGCAUUGUUUGUUUAGUGAAACUGAAGCAUCAUGCAAACAAAGACAAUGUAAAUAGAAAUGGUUUGAAGUAAUGAAUGCAGAUCUUUGUGUGGUCUGGAGUUUUUAUGAUUCAGAAUUGUAUUAGCCUACACCAAACAUGACAUGGGGCUAAUGAUCUAAUUACUGGAUGCUUCUGAUAUAGGCAUCAAAGACUUGCGCUUUGCUGAAAACAUAAAGUGAAAUCCUGGCCACAUUGAAGUCAGUGGGAGUUUUGCCAUUGAUUUCAGUGGGGCCAGGGUUUCCACCCAUAAUUUGUAAAAUCACCAGUAUAUAGAAAUGAACCAUCAAGAUUUGUUUUGAGGAGUUACUGCUCAGAUGGCUGCAGCAUGGUCUGAACUGAGUUCAGUUUUUGGCUCUGUACUUUGCAACCUUAAGCAAGUCACAUCAUCUAGUGGUGCCUCAGUUUCCUCACGUGUAAAAGAGGGAUGAUGGAGGGAGGAUCCUCCAGCACAGACAGUGUGUGUGUGUCUCAAAGUUAACUUUUAGCACCUUUCAUGUGGAAGGAUCCCAACGCACUUUAAGGUCUAUAUAGAUAGAUAGGACACAGUGGCUAAAACUUCUGUGUUUGAGAAGUACAGGGGAGUGUUUAAUUUCAAGGGACUCAGUCUUGUAAGCUACUGAGAACUCUCGCCCUGAUCCAGGAAAGCACUUAAGCAUGAGUAGUCCCAUUAACUUCAGCAUUUGCAUUGGUAACCUCAGGAGCUGCUGCUGGUUAUUCAGUAUGUAGCACUCUUCCAAUUUAGCUAAUACCAUUCCAUCCGAUUGCUAGGUGGAAUUGAAUAACUGUAAUGGGACUGCCCAUUAAGCAUGUGCUUAAGUAUUUUGCUGGCUCAAGGCCAGAAAUGAGCAAGGCCUCAGACUUGUAUCUCAUCUGAAAGUUGGCACCUCCAGCAGCACAUUGGCUCCUAGCAUUUAGUUUUCCUCAAACUGCAUAAAAUAACUUCUUAAGAUUAGACAUCCCUUUGAGGAUUUUUUUGCAGGUAAAAUACCUGUACAGCUAAAACUAUGUUGACUGAAUGGAUUUGGUCACUUUCUUUUAAUAUUGCUCUAAAGGGUAGUGGGAAGUGUAAUAAUUGAAAUUCACCAUCAGUGUAGUUGUGGGCAAAAGAAAAAUUAAUGUAUGCAAUUACUUUACCUCUAAUUACAAUAGGUUGUCUUGUACUAUUGAUAGAUGAUCAUUAGGCAUAACGUCCCCCCCCCACCAUUAAAACUUUAGAGGUUUUAUUAAAAGUCAUGGCACAAUAAAACUCUCAGCAAACUUAAAACAUGUUUCUCAGCUAUGCCAGAACUCCGGUUAUAGCUUUUGGUUUUUUAAACUUGCAAAUCAACUGUUCCUGGCUCAGCGAAGAGAAGGGAUGUGAAGCACCUUUUCAGCCAGAAUAUAUUUGCACUUCCUGAGGUCAAAAAGUGUUAGACUGAAAGGAUGUAUCAUGAAAUAAUUGCUUCAGCUAAUUUAACUAACUUGGUGCUAGUUUAAAAUGUGAAACAUGAUUUUUUGGGGGAAAGUAUUAAAUCAGAUUUAAGAAUUUAAGUAGGGUGUUUCUCAGAUGAAUAUAUCAAUUAGCUAAUAUUUCAAAAUGUACUCAUACAUAAGAAAUCUAUUCCAGACAACUCCAAUUAAGUGAAAGUAAACAUAUAUAGAAAAUUUCUAGUAGCAUUUUAUCAUGGGUUUAUUCUGAAAGAUAAAACAGGAAGGGAGACAGUCAAAUGUAGUAUUGCCUUCUCCUUCUGUACAGUUACAAAAGUUGAUAAUUGUGGGUGGAUGGAUACACUCUUCUAAAUUUAGUAUAAAAAUUAUUUUAUAUAACCUUUCUAAGGUGCAUAUACAUAUUAGUCAAGCUGUAUAUGUUGUCUAUACUGUUGCUUUGGUUAAUGCUAUUAAUUGCAAAGAGUAAUGAAUUAAUCAGAUAAUAAAGGAGAUGGACUUAGUGUUUCAGAUUUUUAUAUAAAGCUGUUUCUCCUUCAGAAAGACCCAGAAGGGGUAGAAUGGUUGUAGUUGCUUUUCUCUAUUGCCUCUUUCCUUUGAAAAUGUUAGUUCAUUAUUACGGUCUCAAAUGUGCUUCCAUUGAAAUGUUGUCACAAAAAUCCUGUUGACUUCAGUGGGAGCUGGACUAGGUCCUUUUGUGAGCAGUUUAAUUCUUAAGCACUUGGUCUUGUUCUGGAAUGUAUUUUUAUCUAUGAGGUUAUUACAAUAAAAUUUGCAAUAAAAUCUGAAGUUGUUUAUAAUAUUUUUCAGUUGUGUCAAUAGAUAUUGGGUGGAAUUAAAUUUGAAUAUUUUUUCAACCAAUUUUAUGUUUCUCUUUUAAUUCUGUUUUUGGGAAGCAGUAGAGAUUUUGGGGGGAGGGGAGUUAUAAUUAACACGAUUAUCUUUUUUCAUGCUAGCAUUCUUAAUUGUUUUUGUACUUUGCGUGGAAACCCAAAGGGACUAGAAGCAUUGAACUAUCAAGUUUGUCAUAACCCACAGUGGCAUGUCAACUCUUUAUUCUGGGUCUGAAUCCAUUCUGUGGAUGAUUUAGUACUAAAUGCCGAUGUUAUUCUUCCAAACAGAUAUAACUGCAUUAAACAACAGCAUAACGCGAGAGACCUAAUGAGAUUUUAGCGGCUGGUGCACAGUUGCUCAUACAUGAGGUUUCAUGCUCAGCUGGUGACAAACUUUUGAUUAGCAGUUGCACUUUUACCCUCCACAAGUCCUCCCCUGCACCCCCAUAGUCCCCUACUUCUCACCAUUAAACAUUUUUUAAAACUAGGAAAUUAAUACACAAAAAUUUAUUUAUGAAGCACAUAGGCUUGCAAUACACAACACAUUCACAGACAUAUACCUGUAACGUAACUGACAAACCACAAAAGCAAGAAUAUGAGAGGAUCACACCUUACCAUUACCACAACUAUCAAGGGCCUCAGACCAUACUCCACAACCUUAACUCCACUCUAGCCCCAGAGAUGCCAGAUUUCCAUCAGCCCCCUGUGACCCAGGGAGCCCCUCAGUGCCAACUGGCAGAGGGUACAGCAUAUCAUAACUCUCAUCUGGCCUUACAUGCUCAUUGUCCCAACUCGCCGUCAUAAUCUGUCUCUAAAAGUUGUCAUGUAAGGUGUUAUAUGCAAACUGGUAACAUUAGUCUUUAUCUGUAUGGGUGGUAUAUAAAGAAUUCUAGAUGUUUGCUGAAAAUAUGUUCCUCAAAUGUGUUUCGUGGACAGUGCUGAAGCACAACCUGUCCUACAAAGGAAUAUUGUUUUGCAGGCUUCGCCGUGUCUCCAAUGUAAAUUAAGCAAAAUGUGACCUGAGACAAUGAAAAACACAUUUAUAUGCAAGGUAAACAAUGCCAUCAGGCAAGCGAAUGGGGGAGGGGGGAAUGGCCAGUUAACUGUCUUGACAAGGGAUGGAGACUGCACCCCUAGGAAGCCUUCCUGCCUCUUGAAAUAGGGACAAUGAACUUUGAAAGCUAGAACAGAAGGCAAGAAGCCAUUAUGUCAUCCUUCACCUGAGGAGACAAAGAAAAGUGCUUUGGGCUCCAUGUUGGAUCCUGGCUAAAGAUGGGCCAGCCGAGCUGGAAGAAUGACUGUAGUGAGAAAACUAUUUUGAACAAAAGACUCUAAUUUAAGUUCAGUUUUAAUUUUAGUUUUUACUUUUGUUUGUAACC